AUGGAGUCCUCAUCAGAAAUCCCAAAAUCGCCCUCUCCUGGCACGUUGGCCAGCGCCAACCCGGGCUUCCAGGUCUCUGACACUGCACUGUCCGGCGCCUCGCUCCCGUCUCCUCCAGAACGCUCCAGCUCUCAAGGCGGCAACCCCUUGUCCAAAACAACGAGCAAUGUUUCGUCGCAUUCGCAUCGCCAGAGCUUCGCCGAGAACCAACGUCAUCCGCCCCCCUCGCCACGUACUCAGAGACACCCCUCCUUCACACAGCAAGCAAUUCAAGACCUGAUGAACCACCCACCGCCAAACCGCCAUCAAAACCCUCGCUAUGUCGGCCGUGACUGGCGGGACAUUGCCAUUGGCGAGUUAUUGCAGCCGGAUGAAGUCAAAUGGGCGGAACUGGACACUAGCAUCCAAGAGGCCACCAAGACCCUGUUUCAAAGUAGUCCGAACAAUGUGGUUCUUGUCCGCCAGGACUCGUCUUCGAAGGAAGCCGUUUCUACCUUUGACCACAGCGAUCUCAAUGCCUACCUUUUGGCCGUGGUAGGCCUCGCAAAGCCUGAAGAAGAACAGGUUGCUCUAUAUACAGAUAUUUCGGUCAAAGCGCAGUCUCAGGAGGAGAUCCCGCUACGUACCCUCCAACCCAUCUUUCGCCACGAGGAACUAGUGAAGCUCCCAGCCGAUUCCACUCUCGAUAAAGCCAUUGAAGUGUUUGGAGGUGGCAUUCACCGCGUUCUGGUCACUAAUAAAGAUUCAGAAGUGGUGGGUAUUUUGAGCCAGUUGCGCCUACUCGAGUUCUUCUGGUACGAGGCCGUCAAUUUCCCCUUGAUUGAUCGUCUCUACACGAUCCCACUGCGUGAUCUUCAAAUCGGGACGCAGCAAAUCAUUGCCAUCAACGCUGACGCUCCUCUUGCCGAUGCUCUCUUUCUCAUGAGCUCCGAGGGCCUGACAUCCGUCGCGGUUGUGGAUAACGGCCACAACGUUGUGGGAAACAUCUCCACCGUUGACGUGCGCCUCCUAACCAACGCCAACAGUCUGCCCCUGCUCAAGGCUUCAUGCAUGCACUUCGUCAGCGUCAUUCUCUCCGAACGUGGUGUCGAGCAUGGCCGUGACUCCUUCCCAGUUUUCUACGUCAAUCCGUAUUCUACCCUAGCUCACACGGUCGCCAAGCUGGUCGCAACGCAGUCUCAUCGUAUGUGGGUAGUCGAGUCCGCUUCGCCGUCGCCUAGCGCCCCGGCUACACCUUUACUGCAGGCUUCCAACUUGCCUCCCCUUUCGACGUUAUCACCUCCGGUUGCUUCGCCCGGCAGAGCGGGCAGUCCUGCCCCUGGAUCGGCAGCUGUUGUCGUUCCUCCACCAGGUGCCAUCACAACGUCGACGCCCCAGUCGCCGUCAGCACAGGGACCAUUCACCUCGGUUCCGGCUUCGGCGCUGCCGGGUGCUGGACUGUCAGGGCGCUUGACAGGCGUGGUGUCGUUGACGGACAUCCUAAACUUGUUUGCAAAGACAAGUGGCCUGAGGCCGUUGGAUCCUAGUGAGCAAAGGGCUAGGAGAAGACGGAGCUCGAGCUGUUCAGUCCGACCUACGCUGGAUACUGGGAGAGAUAAUGGAAGAGGAAGCGUUGAUUUUCGAAGGUGA